CCAUCGUGCGUGCGGCUGCUCCUGCUGUCCGCGCGCAGCUGAACGCUCGCUGCUCUCGAACACCACCCACGGGAGGGUGGGAUGCGCCCUUCCCCUCCCCUCUCCGCUGCCUCUCUCUCUUUCCGUGCGUCUCGCAGCUCCCUCCUCCUCCUCAUCGUCAUCUAUACCUCUCCUCCUCGUGUCACAACGCCGAACCGCUCCCAUCGCGGCCGCAGCGGCGCAGCUAUCCCAGGGAGCCACCCGCGAUUAAGCAGGAGAACGAGGAGCGGUUUAGCGGCGCAGCAGCAGCAGGAGGAGGAGGAGAGGUAGACGGAGGAUCGGGAUGAGGCUGCGUCAUGAGGAUGAAGAGGCGCGGGCAGCGGUCGCCAUGGCUGCGGCGCUCCGAAUGAACAGAGCUGCGGGCGACGCUCGCGCCGGUCUCUGAGUCCGAGGUGGACGCGAGAAGGUGGUGGUGGUGGUGGUGGUGGACGCGAGAUCGUCGUGGACACAACUAUCGUCGAGUCAUCGGUGGACUCGAUCCCCGGCCCUCGAAUAAAUCCGUGGACACGAACCGUGGUGGUCCAGCUGCAGUGGACUCAAGACCCUGGUGGUGGUGGUGGACGCGACCAUUGGUGGACACGAACCGUGGUUGUCACGAGGCCUUAACGAACGCAGACCGUGGUGGACACCGGGGCCUUGGUUGACACAAAGCUGAACCUGUGACGUCUUCUCGGCGGUGGACACGCGGACCGUGGUAGACAGCCCGGGGGGCCUCUACAAAAAUUUCCCCACGGCGAGUUUGCGGUGUCCAGCCCUCUGGAUCGUGCACAGCACAGCGGGCACCAUGGGGCUCAUCUUCUCCGAGAUCCAGUGCAACAACGAGCAGCGCAUGUGGUGGGCUUUCCUGGCCUCCUCGCUCGUCACCUUCUUCGGUGGCCUCUUCAUCAUUCUGUCGUGGCGGUCGCUCAAGUACCUCUGGACGGUGUGCUGCCACUGCAAGAAAGUGAACAAGGAAUUGCAGAAGAUAAAAGCCGACGGAGCGCCUCCCUCCGAGGGCACGUACCGACCGCGAGAAGACGCCGAGGACUCGGAGGUCGGCUGGAUGACCUCGGUGAAGGACUGGGCCGGUGUCAUGAUCUCUGCGCAGACGCAAACCGGCCGCGUGCUGGUGGUGCUCGUUUUCCUUCUCAGCAUCGGGGCUCUGGUGAUUUACUUUAUCGACUCGUCCGACCCCAUCGAGGAUUGCCACUACUUCCAGAAGGACACCACCCUGCAGUUCGACAUGGGGCUCAACAUCUUCUUCCUCCUCUACUUUGGCUUGCGGUUCAUCGCAGCCAACGACAAGCUGUGGUUCUGGCUGGAGGUGAACUCCAUCGUGGAUUUCUUCACCGUACCUCCAGUGUUCGUGUCUGUGUACCUCAACAGGAGCUGGCUCGGUUUACGGUUUCUCAGGGCCUUGCGGCUGAUACAAUUCUCUGAAAUUCUGCAGUUCCUAAACGUGUUGAAAACGAGCAACUCUAUAAAGUUGGUGAACCUGCUGUCCAUUUUCAUCAGCACGUGGCUGACGGCGGCUGGCUUCAUCCCCUGGUAUGCGUUUGUGGAGAACUCGGGCGACCCCUGGAACAAUUUCCAGAACUCGCAGGAGCUGACGUACUGGGAGUGCGUCUACCUACUCAUGGUGACCAUGUCCACCGUGGGCUAUGGGGACGUCUACGCCAAGACCACCCUGGGACCUUUCAUGGUCUUCUUCAUCCUCGGGGGACUGGCCAUGUUUGCCAGCUACGUCCCUGAAAUAAUAGAAUUAAUAGGAAACCGCAAGAAAUAUGGUGGCACCUAUAGUGCUGUUAGUGGAAGGAAACACAUAGUCGUGUGUGGGCACAUAACCCUGGAGAGCGUCUCCAACUUCCUCAAGGACUUCCUGCACAAGGACCGCGACGACGUGAACGUGGAGAUCGUCUUCCUGCACAACAUCUCUCCGAACCUGGAGCUGGAGGCGCUGUUCAAGCGACAUUUCACGCAGGUGGAGUUCUACCAAGGCUCCGUGCUCAAUCCCCACGACCUGGCGCGGGUCAAGGUAGCGCGGCCAGACGCGUGCCUCAUCCUCGCCAACAAAUACUGUGGAGAUCCCGACGCCGAGGACGCCUCCAACAUCAUGAGGGUCAUCUCCAUAAAAAACUACCAUCCCCGAAUCCGAGUCAUUACCCAGAUGCAACAGUACCACAAUAAGGCCCACCUCCUGAACAUCCCGAGCUGGAACUGGAAGGAGGGCGACGACGCCAUCUGCCUCGCCGAGCUCAAGCUUGGGUUCAUCGCCCAGAGCUGCCUCGCGCCCGGCCUCUCCACCAUGCUCGCGAACCUCUUCUCCAUGCGCUCGUACAUCAAGAUCGAAGAGGACACUUGGCAGAAGUAUUACCUGGAGGGAGUGUCCAACGAGAUGUACACCGAGUACCUGUCCAACGCCUUCACGGGGCUGUCCUUCCCCACCGUUUGCGAGCUGGUCUUCAUGAAGCUGAAGCUGCUGCUCAUUGCCAUCGAGUACAAGUCGGACAUGCGAGAGAGCAGCAUCCUCAUCAACCCUGGAAACCACGUGAAGAUCCAAGAGGGUACCUUGGGCUUCUUCAUCGCAAGCGAUGCCAAGGAGGUGAAACGAGCUUUCUUCUACUGCAAGGCCUGCCACGAUGACAUUUCUGAUGCCAAGAAAAUCAGGAAAUGUGGCUGUAAAGGAUUCAAGCCGUCAUUCUACCAGAGGCUGAAACAAGCAUGUUGCAUGUCCACCUCCCCGCGGUACACCGACAGGACGGUGCCACCCUUCUCGUCCCUCUCUGUUCAUGAUUUCCCAACCACUUUCCGCACCUUCGAUGAGUCCUCAGCUCUCUCUCCCAUCAACAAGAAGCAGAAAAACGGAGCGGUCCGAACGACGCCCAAUUCGUCGCCACCCCGCGUCAUCAGGCAUGACUUGCUGGCCAUCCCAGGCACCGAGAAAGCAGAGGACAUGGACUGCAACAUCAAGAAGUACGACUCGACUGGCAUGUUCCACUGGUGUCCAUCCCGCGACAUCGAGAGGGUUAUUCUGACGCGCAGCGAGGCGUCCAUGACGGUGCUGAGUGGCCACGUGGUCGUGUGCAUCUUUGGGGACGCCAAGUCGGCGCUCAUCGGCCUGCGCAACUUCGUGAUGCCGCUGCGCGCGAGCAACUUCCACUACCACGAGCUGAAGCACAUCGUGUUCGUGGGCAGCCUCGAGUACAUCCGCCGCGAGUGGGAGUCGCUGCACAACUUCCCCAAGAUCUCCAUCAUCCCGGGCGCGCCGCUGAGCCGCGCCGACCUCAGGGCUGUCAACAUCAACCUGUGCGACAUGUGCGUCAUCCUGUCGGCGAACCAGAACAACAUCGAGGACCCGUCCCUGCAGGACAAGGAGUGCAUCCUCGCCUCACUCAACAUCAAGUCCAUGCAUUUUGACGACAGCAUCGGCCUUCUGCAGGCCAACUCUCAAGGGUUCACUCCGCCCGGCAUGGACCGCACUACCCCGGACACAAGCCCCGUGCACGGUCUUACACGGCAGCCCUCCGUCACCAACGGGUCCGGAGUACCCAUGAUCACAGAACUCGUCAACGACUCGAACGUGCAGUUCCUCGACCAGGAUGACGACGACGACCCCGACACGGAGCUGUAUCUCACGCAGCCGUUCGCCUGCGGCACCGCCUUCGCCGUCAGCGUGCUCGACUCUCUGAUGAGCGCCACGUACUUCAACGACAAUACGCUGACGUUGAUCCGCACGCUGGUGACGGGAGGAGCCACGCCCGACCUCGAGGCCCUGCUGGCGGAGGAGAACGCCCUGCGCGGCGGCUACAGCACGCCGCAGACGCUCGCGAGCCGCGACCGCUGCCGGGUGGCGCAGCUGGCGCUGUCCGACGGGCCCUUUGCCGACCUCGGGGAGGGAGGCUGCUACGGCGAGCUCUUCUGCAAGGCCCUCAAGACGUACAACAUGCUGGCCUUCGGGAUCUACAGAUUCCGAGACGCCCACCUCAGCACCAACAGCCCGUCUCCCAAACGCUACGUGAUCACCAACCCGCCCUACAACUUCGAGCUCUUCCCGAGCGACCUCAUCUUCUGCCUCAUGCAGUUCGACUUCAACGCGAGCCAGCCGCGCGGCUCGCACUCCUUCACGGGCAAGCACACGGCCUCGCUGCACUCCAUCUCCUCGGCGACGUCCCGCCACAACAAGCCCAGGGCCAGGGACCCCAAGGCCAAGAGUAACCGCCCUGGCGCAGACAAGCAGUGGUACCCCAACGAGGUGGAGGAUGCAGUCAACCGCAACAUACUCAUUAAGCCGAUGAAUCCGCAGCUGUCAAACCAGAUCAACCAAUUCAAGGCGAUAGGCAGCCCGAUCCCUCCAAUCCGGGAGAUGGAGGAUGAAUGCUGAGAUUGCGCUGCCUCCUUCAACCUUAUCGCUCUCACGCGCUCUCUCUCUCUCUAUCUCUCUUUCCACUGAAUAACACUCUCGCGUUGCGUAGCGCCAGUGAACGAUACCUGGGGAUGGGUUGUCAAGACGCACGAUUACCAUGAGAUGAUUUGAACUGCAGCAAAUUGCUGAGUAGAUUGCGUGCCAGCGUAGGUUGGCAUGGGCUGGCAUGGGUUCUGGUGCAUAGAAUUAAACGGGCCGCCCCCCAUCCCCACCGCCCAGCCUCUUACAAUUCCGCCCCUUUCUUCGACGGCCGCCACACACGCGCCCUUCAUAGCCAAAAUGUGCGUUUACGGUGCAGUUGCACCGCCUGCACACUCGACGGCGACUGCGCCGCUGCUGCGCAUCACGCCUGACGCCGGCGCGCCGUCCCUCCCUUCCUCGCCGCUGCCUUCCACGCGUCGCAAACCUCGACUGCGUCCGCUCGUGCGCUGAGCUGGCGCCAAAAGUGAGGCCGAGACGACGCGGCUUGGGUGCCCGAUCUGCGUGUCUCCACGCUCCUCCCUCUACCCCAUCGGAGUCUCCUCCCCGCCUCCGCCUCCUCCGCCACUGGGAGAAUUGACCAAAAGCUCACUACCGUUGAACGUCGCGGUCCGUGUAGUGUUCGACAGGGCCGCGACCAGCGGCGUCGUUAUGUACGAGUGUGCAGGCCGUGCAACUGCGCCGGGGUCCAUCGGCCGGAGGGACCCAGAGGCUCCAGGGGUUACAAAGAGAGGUGGGGGGGGGGCGGUUAGACGGUUUGGGGGGUCCCAUUGCAUCCCUUACACCGGGGCCCAUGCCAAUCACGCCACGCCACGGGUUUUAAGAGUUGCCAGGAAUCGAGUUGCGCGAAGACUCAUCGCGCGAAGAAAUAUCGCGGCUUGCGCGAUUCUAAGCCGGGGGGACAACCCCACAUGACGUCAAUUGCCGAAGUCACUGACAGCUGCCAUUUAUCGUGGCGCAGGGUUUCCGAUACAUGUCAACGGUUUGCUGCUGUCAGGGAAGGCAUUUCUACUGCUACACCAUCCCUGCAGUAGAAUCUGCAUACAAAAAUCCCCCUCCUCCACGUGUAGCCUUUAAGAGACUGUUGGGGGGCACGUGCUGUUAGCGAGCACCGAUUGAGGCCCACAUUCUGGUGGUGGUGCCUGCACCAUGCCGAGCCGCCUUCUGUCUCCCGAGUGCCGAUGUUUACGCACUGCACCAGGUCCUCAUUUAAGGCGGAGUUGACCUUGGGGAGGCCCGGAGCAGGUGCCGAUGUCACGUCGUCACUGACGAUGCUAGCCGCGGCUGGGGAUUGAACUCGGGUGCCGCUGCGUUUCAUGGCACGGCGCGCUAAUCUCAGCGCCACCGCUCAAUCUGGGUGAACGCUGGCGUCGCACGCGAACCUUGACGGUUCCCAAUUUGCACAAAGCCUACUUCUACAUCACAUUCCAGUCAUAGGUAUAUGCGUACAAUAAUAAUUUAUUACAAGUAAUUAUUAUAUUACAUUUACAGACCUUUUGUCAGUUCCACUGCUGGUCGAAGGCCUCCCCACGCCACAUGUCGGGGGGGGGGGGGGU